GUUGUAAAGGUCGGGCUAAGGCUAAGUGCUGUGCCGACGCUUGACAAUGAAAUAAUCCGACACUAAUUUCUUCAAUAUAACGCGGCGUCAAUAAGUAGAGUGGUCGUGUAUCCUUUGGCGUACUUGACGCUGAGAAGAAAAAGGCAAAGUGCAGCGAACUGUCGGUACCCGGAUGUUGCAUUCAAAAUGGUGAGUGCGCAAUGAUGGACACUUACCACCAGAAAUAGUCGCCAUCUUGGCUACGUAGCGGAAGGGGAGUGACUACCUUGAAAUAAUGGCGACUGGUGAGCAAAAAGUACUCGAAAAAGUACUCAAUAGAAAUAGUAAAAUGUGUAAAAGUAGUGAGUAGAAAAGGCGGGUCACUUUUACGAUCAUCAUUUUCGGCAAGUGCAUAACGACAGAUCAGCCACAGCUGACUCUCUCCGUCUGGAACGAGGACUACCAGCCCGGGGAUCAGGCGCAGGAAGAGGAGGAGGAGUGGAUAGCGCCUCUGGAGAACGAAAUUUCAGAGAGCGGGGAGUACAAGAACAAGGUCAGCGUCAUGGCGCCGUAUUCUGACUUUCCAAGCGGCAAAGGAAAAAGUCCCCAACAAAGCACUUCACAGGGGCAGACGACGGCGGUGGCGUGCGGCGACGAGGCCUCCUUCGGCGCCACAGCUAUGGACAGCGACGAGGAGUGGAAAGCCGACGAGAGCAUUCCCAGCGACGACAGCGCCGACGAGUGGAAGAAGGGCAAAAAGAAAGCGGGCAGGAAACCCAAAUCGGACAUCAGCUGCAAAGUCUGCGGGAAGAGCUUUCACGCCAUGAUCUCUCUGGCCAAUCACAGCGAGGCUCACCCUAAAGACAUGUGCGGCGUCUGCGGCCAGCGCUUCGAAUCCGAGGCCGACUUUGACGUUCACAUCAAGACGCACGCCAGAGGCAGCGUGUGCAGCGUUUGCGGCAAAGGCUUCGGGACGUCCAAGGCGCUGGAGACGCACAUGAGGGUCCACACGGGCGAGAAGCCCUUCAAGUGCACCGAGUGCCACAAAGCCUUCAACUGUCAGCACAACAUGCGGCGGCACAUGCGCACGCACACGGGGGAGAAGCCCUACGCCUGCCCCAUGUGCGACCAGCACUUCAACGACCACUCCACCAGGAAGCGCCACAUGAUGAUGCACGAGAGCGACCCCAUGCACGCCGCCGCAACGACAUCACCCAGUCCGCACAAGAGCAGGGUCAUAUGCGCCGUGUGCGGGAAGAUGUUCCACUCCCUCACCGCCUUGGUGAACCACAGCGCCAGUCACUCCACCGACUGCGGCGUGUGCGGCACCCACAUGGACUCUCAGGAGGACCUGAUGGUCCACCUGAAGACUCACUGCAACGGCAAAGCGUGCGACGUGUGCGGCAAGUGUUUUGAUGGCUGCAAAGACCUGGAGACGCACAUGAGGAUUCACACGGGCGAAAAGCCAUUCUCGUGCAGCCACUGCGGCAAAGCCUUCAACUACCAGCAAAACAUGAAGCGUCACAUGCGCACGCACACGGGAGAGAAGCCGUACACGUGCUCCGUGUGCGGCAAGCAGUUCAACGACUACUCGGCCAGGAAGCGACACCUGCUGAUGCAUGAGAACAAGAAGAAUGCCGAAGAAAACGACGGCGGCCAAGUGGAGAUCACUCCUAAACCCAAGCGGCGAGAAAUCUGUGUUGUGUGCGGGAAGAUGUUCCACUCCAUCAUCUCUUUGGUGAACCACGCCAACACGCACCUGACGGACUGCGGCGUGUGCGGCACCCGUGUGGACUCCCAGGACGACUUGAUAGUCCACCUGAAGACUCACAGGAACGGCAAAGUGUGCCACCUGUGCGGCAAGUGUUUCGACAGCCGCCGGGACCUGGACACGCACCUGAGGGUGCACACGGGCGAGAAGCCCUUCUCCUGCAGGGUGUGCAGCAAGGCCUUCAACUGUCUGCACAACAUGAAGCGACACAUGCGCACGCACACGGGCGAGAAGCCCUUCGCCUGCUCCGUGUGCGGCCGCUGUUUCGCCGACCGCUCCGGCCUGAAAAAGCACACCACCGUGCACACCGGAGAGAAAGCGCACAGCUGUGAGAUCUGCGGGAAGAGCUUCUUCCGGAAGGCCUACGUGAGACUUCACAUGAAGUGCCACUCUGCUGACAAACAACCCACGCCUCCUGAUUUCCACUGAGGUCUGAACGCGUACCAAUGAAAGCAUGGGGGCCACUUUGAUACUUUUUAUACACGCCCGUGCUAAAACCAGUCCGGUAUAGAUGGAUAUAUGCUCCGCUAUCUGAACAUUACGUCCACAUCAUGGCUUUAUGUUAGUGCUGACUAAACUCAUCGAUAAGAGUCUUUCUGCUUUCAGUUUCCAUUGUUUCCUUCCUUUUUAAAUAAACUUUAUGCGUGAACUCUU